UCGAUGUAAAGGACCAUGAUUUAAGCGAUUUGCAAAUGUUUAGACUAUGUCAAUCCUUCAGAAUCACAUCCCAUCAUACUCCGACGCACCUGUUAUUAGUAAUGUGGGACUGUCUGGUAGUGCAGCAAGCUUACAACAAAAUAUCUUGAGCUUGGCAGCACAAGAUACAUGUUCAAGUGUACCUCAUUCUUUGCAAAUAAAAAAUGAUGCUCCUGAGGAUAUAGCAAAUUUUGAAAUUUAUAAACAAAAUAUAUACAGGCACCCAUUAUUCCCAUUGCUUGCAAUGGUUUUUGACAAAUGUGAAAAUUCAACUUAUUCCCCUGACAUUGCUUCACAUAGUUUUGAGAGGGAACUUCAAGCUUUCAUGAAGCAUCAUGAAACAUCAAAAAGCUCAAUACUUGGUACUGAUGAUGAAGUCAAUGAACUGAUGGUUAAAGCAAUUCAAGUUCUUCGCAUUCAUUUAAUGGAAAUGGAAAAAGUAAAUGAUUUGUGUAAAGACUUUUGCACUCGUUAUAUUACCUGUCUGAAGGGAAAAUUAACAUCAGAACAACUGCUUCAUGUGGAUGGCUGUGAUUCUCCUGAGCCACAAGAUCUCAGUGUGGGCUCUCAAAGUGUUGUGACCAUGAAUCCCAGCAUGCAAGUACAACAGACAUCACUAGUUUCACCAACAGUUGUGGGUGGCAGUAUGGUUUUACAGCAACCUCAGCAGCCACAAAUUGUGUCUGGAAACACUGUUUACCAAAUGGUUCAUACUCCACAAGGCAUUGUAGCGCAGCCUAUACAAAUUCAAGGUCCACUCACACCCUCUCAGCCAGCCUGUUCAGCAGGUUAUUCAUGGUAGCACACCACUGUCUCAAAUAGGAGUGUCCUUGACAUCUACAGUACAGCAGCACCAGCAUCCUCAUGUUCAGUCAUUGCCAUUACAGCAGCAGCAAGUAGAUUUGAAAUCCAACCAUGUAAGGGUUUCAGAUGAUGAUGAGGAUGAAAAGAGUUCAAAGCAAAAGCGGGGUAUCUUACCUAAACAGGCUACUCAAAUAAUGAAAUCUUGGCUUUUCCAACACAUUGUG